CUGGCCGCAGCGUUCGAGUGCUGGCCGCUUCCACACACGGUUGUGAUCUGAAACAUCCCGGCCGUCUGCAGUUCGAGGGAACCCCGCUAAACUUACUUCGACUUUCUAGACACCACAGCUUCGCCACUCACCCUACCCACGGUUCGACGCCGGGGAGCGGUUGGCUUUUGCGACGUCUACGUCUUGUCAUAGAUCUUCAUCUUGUCGAUUGCCAGUCGCCAUCCAAGAACAUCUCCCUCCGUGUGCUCGCAGUUGAGGAUACGUGCCUCGGCGCUUUCCAUCCAAUCGCUUCAACGACAGUGCAAGUGCCGCAACUGUCACAGCAAGGCUCACCAGCCGUGGCCAUUGCCAACCGUCAAGUCACACGCUGACCGGUUGUGCUGGUGUUCCCUCCCUCCAUCGCAAACAAGCAGACCAUACGUGGGCGCCACGGCACAAGGCAUUCUUUUGUCGCUUGUGCGGCCAGGCCCAAGCAGGACAUAGUGCUGGCAUCCACCAGCCCGUCCAUCAAAAGCCACCAGAGACCCGUAGGCCUUUCUGGUGUGGGCCUUCGUGCCUCGUCAUAUCACAUGUCGUCUUGAGCAUCUCCAACACCAGAGAGGGUGUUUGUUCACAAGCCUACUCCUUUCCGAAUUCCACACGUGUCCGCCAUGGCUCUUUCCCCGGUCAGUGCCGAAGAGCGCCAAUGGCGCUUGCGACGGCUGGCCCAGGAGUACGACAUCAACGACAGCCCAGAGCCAACACCCCGCUACAAGCCAGCAGCUACCCCCUCGCCACUGACACCAAACUUCAAGAACCCCGAGGAUGAGCACCGCGCAGACGACCUGCUCAGGCGGAGGAGGCAGGUCAGUUCCCAGGCUAAUGGCGACGGUGGUGGUGGUGGUGGUGGUGCUGCGGCUGGAACCAAGAAGAGAUCCUUCACUUUGACCCGCAAAGACAGCUUUUCGUCCAAGUUCGCCUCCAAGGAGAUUUUCGAAGCCCUGGAUGCUCAUGUCACAAAUGCAGGUGCCCCAGGCGUGGCGGAAGCUCUGAUUCACAAGCUACGCAUGGCAGGCGGUGACCUCAACCGCGCAAACUCAAAGUCGAAAACGCCUUUUAAUCUCAGGAGGAGGAGCAUGGACGACCUAGGGCAGGAGCAGAGCCGGAUCCUGCAGAAGGCUGUCGAGACCGGCCAAGAAGACAUGGUCGACGUCCUCGUACCCCACGCCGAAUCAGCGACACUGGACGCUGCAUUGCCCCUGGCUAUGCGGAGUGGGAACCUCCAUAUCGUCGAGUCUCUUUUGAGGUACGGGGCCAGCGUGUCACAGACUCCAGAGGGGCAGUUCCAGUUUCGGCAGCUGUGCAUUAACGGUGGACAGGCCGAGCUGGUUGGCUUGAUUCUGCAGUCUGAUGGCAGGCCUCCUCCAGAUUGGCUCUCCGGGGCCAUGAUCGACGCGGCAAGGAAAGGCUGUGCGGGUACUGUCGCCCAACUAAGCCGGUCUGUCGCGGAUGGCAGUUUUAAUGACGGCGCGGCUCUCAUGGAGGCCGUCUCACAGUGCCGGGUCGACAUUGCCUUGGCAAUUCUUAUUGGCAACAAGCCUCCGAACAAGCAAUGCCUCAAUGAGGCUUUCUACAAGGUCACCUUGAAUAACAACAUGCUUCCGCCAGAGAAGAUCACUCUGACAGACGUGUUGCUCCUCGCCGGCGCCGAGGGUGAUGUGGUGUCGGCAGCAUUGAUCAAGGCCUGCGAUGGGCCGUUUUACGAAAUGAUCGAAUUGCUCCUCAGUAAUGGCGCCUCGGUCGAGUAUCAGAACGCCAAGGUCCUCAGGAUUGCAAUUGAAAGUGGCAACAUGGACCUAGUGGACUUGCUACUAAAGGGCUCGGUCCUAAGCCCCAUCCUCGCCGGCCAGCUCAUUGAAAGUAUAGGGAAGCGCAUCGACCCGGAACAAAGACGUAUCCUGCUCAGUGCACUGCUUCGGAAGGGCGCAAAGGGGCCACCGCUCGACGAAGCGUUGAUCAAGGCGGUGGAAGGUGGAGACAACGAAUGUGUCAAGCUCCUACUGACGCCACACUUCCCUGGCUCGGGAAAAUUGCAACCAAAAGCAAGCCACGACCUCAAGAUGGGGCCCCGAUCUAUGGUGUUCGAGCGACACGCAACGGCAGAUGUGAACUGCAAAGCUGGCUUGGCGCUUUCAAAGGCGGUCUCCUCUGGUAAUCUUACCAUGGUCGAGUAUAUUCUCUCGGCGAAGCCAAGCAUCGAGACUCUUGUCGCCGUCUUCCCAGGCAUAAAUCAACUCGAUCAAAUGCAGCGAUACGUGAUGACAGAGUCGUUCCUUAACGCUGGCGUCACCGGGCCUUGCGUGCAUGCCGCCUUACAACAGGCCAUAGAUGAUUCACCGCCGAGGAGAGACGAGCGUCUCAUCAAGAUCCUGCUCCAACAUGACGUCGAUGCGAACGCUGACGAUGGCGCACCGAUUUUAUCAGCAAUUGAGCAUCUCGAUGCCGACCUUUUGGAGGCUUUGCUCAGGAAGCGACCCACAGUGAAGAAUGCGGUAGCAGCACUCAAGAAAGCCAUGAUUGUAGAAGACAAGAGUAAGCGAGCACGAAUGGUGAACGCACUUCUCCGGGCCGGUGCAAAUGAAUCGAAGGAGAUAGUUGGCGACUCUUUGAUGAAGGCAUUACACGAGCAACCUGUGGAUACUCGUUUGCUGGUCGUGAUUUUGCAACAAGGGCAUGCCGACAUCAAUAUGAAAGAAGGCGACCCAGUGACGAUUGCUGUCCGAGAUCAAAAUCCUCAAGUGCUCGAGCUUGUUCUACAGGCGGGCAAGGCCACACCCGAGACUCUCGACUUAGCCAUACAGGCAAUGGCCAACGUGCCGUCAAGCCAAGAGAAAGCCACCAAGCUGGAUUCGAUUGUGAAGCGGGCGAAGCAGAAGGAGUCCCUGAACAGCCUCCUCGCCUUUGAGGUCCAAUCAAUUCUCAGGGCGCCGCCUCAAAACCGCACCUUGGUUGUCUUGAGGGCACUCCUUGACUUGGGGGUUGAUGUCAAUACCAACAAGGCCAAAGCACUCCAAUAUGCUGUGGCUGGCGCAGAUUCAAAAAUCACCGACGUCCUCCUUGCGGCCAAGCCGAACACCAUUUCGCUGGCAGCGGCGAUGCCUUUCACCUUCCACAUCGCCGAUCAAACCGAACGGCUUACUUUCAUCCAGAAGCUGCUUCAUGCUGGUGCCCCAGCGGUGGAGGUCAACAGGGCUUUGGUUCAUGCGAUUGCAACGCAUCCUGACGACACCGCCCUGAUUAAUACCCUUCUUGCCAGAGCAGACACCAGCGACGGCGAGGCCUUGAUGGUGGCGGUUAGAAAAGUCAACGUGCUCAUGGUGGAGAUGAUCACAAUUCGAGGAAGGAAGCACGCGCCGGCCACAUUGAAUGAUGCCUUCAGCGCGGCAAUCGGCAUCGAAAACAGAGAUAAUCGGAAGUCGAUCUGUGAGCUCCUACUCAGGGCCGGAGCGACAGGCACUGCUAUUUCUGACGCCCUUCUCGCUGCCGCUGGCACGGGGGACCUGUCCCUUGGGAAAAUGCUCUUGGACCACGGAGGUAGUGUCGACCACCAGGAGGGUCAAGCAGUGGUUGAAGCGUGUCGUGCUGGUUCGCCAGAGGUUCUGAAGAUGCUACUAUCCAGCAAGAGCGCCAUCAAGAAAGAGACUCUCGAGCGUGGCUUCCAAGCUGCUACAGAAGUGGGCGAUCUCAACCACCGCGCGGCUGUGUUCCAGCUGUUAUUGGACAAGGGCGUCGGCGGGGAAGUAUUAGAUGCACAGCUGGUGUCCGCCGCUCGCUUCGGCGAUGAUGCACUGGACCUGGUCCGCCUUCUCCUUCGAUAUGGUGCGCAAACCGACUACAACGGCGGCGAGGCUGUCUACAAUGCUACGAGAUGUGCAUUCCUGCUCAUUCUCCAGUUGAUGCUUGGCAUCGUUCCAGUGGGCGGAAAGCAAGUCAAGCCUUCGAGUCAGACAAUGAUUCGCGCCCUCAAGGCAAGCUCGAAGCUAAGCGGCCAGCCGAGAUACGAGGUCAUGAACUGGCUCUUUGCUGCCGGCCUAACAGUCUGCGACGAGGUGCACGUCUCGCUUGAUAAAGCCGUGAACGAGGAGGAGCCCAAUAUUGACCUGGUCAGGCUGCUUUUACAAAACGGAGCAUCGCCACUCGCGAACGGCUGCAAGGCCCUAGUUGAUGCCGCGCAAAAAAUGAAUCUCGCCAUACUAGACUUGUUCUUGCAACGCGAAGUCUCGCGGGACGACCUAAGCUGGGCAUUCUUACAGACCUUCUCGGCUGCCGAUGUGGACAAGUGGUUCACAGAGCCAGGCUUCCAAGUGGCACAACGCCUUCUGGUGAAAGGGGCUCAAGGCGAUGGCCCUGCCAGUGCUCUAAUAGUCGCGAUCGACUAUCUGGGCACCGAAAAGGAUGAAAUAGCUCGGAAGUUUGUGGACCUCCUCAUCGAGUACAAUGCAGACGUCAAUCAGGACCAGGGCGCUGCGCUGAUCAAAGCCGCAAAGAGUGCGAAUGCUCACCUGAUGCGGCAGGUGUUGCAGCAAAAGCCAAACUCAGAUUCGGUUUCCAUGGCCUUCCCUUAUGUAUUCGACCACGAGGUGCCAGAGGACCAAGCUCUGGAGCUUAUUUCCUUAUUUACGGACUACUCUGACGGCGAAACGCGACUAGAUGCUAUGUUCAACCACCCAGAUGCUGAGCCCGUGGUUUUCAAGGCCAUCUCACGGUAUCCGCGAUCCACAACGAUUGUCGAGACUUUACUUGAUGACGCAGGGUAUUAUCAUGAUCAGAUGACCAGUGCACGGAUUCUACAUGAAAUCGAAGAAGAGGAGCCUGUGAAUCUGCUGCUUUGGUGUCUCCUGCAGCCGCAGAAGAAGGUCAGCAGUAACAUCAUCAACAUGCUCAUUGACAGAGGCGCACGCGUUAAUUUUGAAGCACAACUCUCGAAGACGACUCCGUUGAUGUUGGCUAUCAAAGAAAGACGCCAUGACAUCGUCAAGAAGCUUGUUUUUGCUGGCGCAGAGGUCGAUGUGGCCGAUGUCACGGGGAACACGCCAUUAACACUGGCUACUGAGAUCGGCGGAGACCUGGGGACGAUGAUUAUGCAGAACAUUCUCGCUGCUGAACCAUCGCAGAACGACGGCUCCCUCCACAACGCCGCGAGGGAGCUCAAUGUUGCGGCCAUGCAAGUGUUAGUCGAUCACGGACACGAGAUCGACUUCCCCAGUCCAAUACACGGUGGCCGGACUGCUCUCGGCGAAUUGUGCCUACAUGCAGCAGACGGCGGGGCUUUGACUGCGGCCCAGGAAAAGACCAUGGAGAAAGCCAUGGCAUAUCUCCUCAAGCAGAAUACGGAUCUCAGCCUCUUGUCAGAUGGAAAAUCAGUGCUGCUCCUAGCCAUGGAAUCGCGUGAACCAAUUGUCACAACAAGAGCCCUGCUCAAAGCCGGCAUGUGGAAGCACAUCAACCGGCCGUUUAACCACUUCACAGAUAGCACGUACACCUACUCACCCACGCAAUACGUCAAGCGGGUGCUGCCGCAAAGCAACCACUCUGACCAGCUUCUCAAUCUCCUCAAAGCGAACCGGGGCCAGGAUAUAUACUACGCGAACGAAGGACCCCAACCGGAGGGCGCGACCGGCUUACCAGACGACAUAGUUCGCAUCGAGCGCCAGCGGAAGGCACGGCUGGAGCGGAUCCAGCUCGAAGCUGAGGACCACUCGCGGAACCUUUCACGCACCAAGGAGUUUGCCGACAUCCAGGACCAGAUAUUUGCACAAAGGGCGCAACUAGAGGACGCACGGUCGCGACAGCAGCGCAGCACGGAGAUCGAGGGCAUCCGCGAGAGGGCGCAGCUGGAGGAGGAGCUGUUCAACGAGGCGGUACGGCGGCAGCGGGCGGAGAGGGCGGCGGCGAUGGAGCACCAGUCGUCCAUCACGCAGGCGGCGAUCGAGCGCAAACGGUUAGAGGCGGAGACGGAGUUCGAGGCCGAAGGCCGCAGGCAGCUGCAGUUGCUCGAGUACGAGAAAGCUACGGCGGAUGCGAGAGAGGAACACGCGCGGCAGAUGACGGCCAACCGGGUGGACGAGCGGCAAGCCAUUGACCGUCUGGACCGAGAGCACGAUUCGAGGAUCAAGAACCGCAUCGCGCAACAGAAAAAGCUGGUUGAUUCGCAAAAUCAAUUGGCAAACCAGCUUGGCACCGUGGGCAUGCCGCAGAGGAGGCAGAUUGGCUACAUCUCGGGAGAGCUGGACUGAUGGUAGCGUGUGGGCCCCCCCGGGGGAACACAUUCUCGGCUGCCGAGGCAUAUAAUUACUGGAGCAAGUGGGCGGAAGGAAGGUGUUCAGGAUCACGAGGCGAAUAUCUAUGACGAAUCUCGUUUUUUUUUUUGUCAAUAUAGAAUCGUGUAUAGCGCGUUAGAAUCUGGGGAUACAGGAAGCGCUGGGUUUCUCUUUUAGUCUUUCCGGCUCUGUCUGCGAUAGUCUGGUCGUUUGACGAAUCUCAUGAUGUGAUGCCAGCG